AUGCCACCCUCGCCCAUCUCGUCCAAGUCCAAACGAAACGCACGGCACGCCCAGCGCGCGCCCCCAACCACGCGGACGAGCAGCGAGGGCACCUCGAGCAGCGCCGACUCCUCUGAGUUCGCAGCACACAGCAGCGACGAGGAGUUCGAGCGCGCGUCCCCAUCGACAUCGAUCGAGUACCAGCCGGAGGAGCUCGACGAGCCAAUAUCAUGGCAGUUCAAGAACGGAGAUCCAGUGUGGAUCAAGACGGAGGACGGGGAGUGGUUGCAGGGGACAAUAUCAGGCUCAAAUACACGGAAGGGGGCCACUCGGCAGAAGGAGGGCCUGUUCUUCCCCGUCGCGUACCGACAUAACUCGAGGAAGUACUUCGCGCCUCUGAACGGCGACCUCAAGCCUGAUAACGCAGAGACUGCACUGGAACUGCCAGAUGCCGGAGGGCGGGCCGAGGAUCUACGGGCCUCCAAAGGCAAGCAGGCAUGA